AUGAGAGUAGCCGUUGGUCAAUUAUGUUCUUCAUCCAAUAUAACUAAAAAUUUGAGAAUUGUUUUGAAAUUAUUAAAUCUAGCUCAUGUUAAUAAUUCAAGGAUUUUAUUUCUACCAGAAGCUACAGAUUAUUUAUCUAAAAAUGCUGAACAUUCAUAUAAAUUAUCCAAUCAAACAAAUUCACAAUUUUUAACACCAUUAUUAAAAAAUAUAAAAGAAUUGAAUGGAAAUACUUAUGUAUCUAUUGGCUUACAUUUACCAUCCAAAACAUCAGAAAAAGUUCGUAAUUUACAAAUUUUGAUUAAUCCAAAUGGUGAAAUUAUAAAAGAAUAUCAAAAAAUUCAUUUAUUCGAUGUUGAAGUUGAGAAUGGUCCUAUACUAAAAGAAUCAAAUAGUGUAGAAGCAGGAACCAAAAUAGAAGAACCAGUAGAAAUUGAUGGCUUCAAAAUAGGUUUAGGUAUUUGUUACGAUAUAAGAUUCCCUGAAAUGAGUAUAAAGUUGAGAGAAAUGGAUGCUGAUAUUUUAACAUUUCCAUCUGCAUUUACUACAAAAACUGGGGAAGCUCAUUGGGAAUUAUUAAGUAGAAGUAGAGCAAUUGAUUGUCAAAGUUUUAUAAUUAAUGCAGCACAAUGUGGGGAACAUAAUGUGACUGAUGGAGAAAACAAUACUAACAAUACUAACAAUACCAAUAAUAAGGAAACUGUUAGAAUAAGUUAUGGUGAAUCCAUAAUUGUAAAUCCAUGGGGUAACAUAUUAACAAAAGCAAAAAAGUAUAAUGAUGAAUUGGAAAAAGAUGAAGAAGGAAAUUAUUAUGAGAUUAAAUUUGCAGAUUUAAACUAUCAAGAUAUUGAAACAAUUAGAAAGAAUAUGCCAUUAUUGAAGCAUAGAAGAGUUGAUAUUUAUAAAUAG